GUGUGGUGCUUCGCUAAUCAGCCAAAGAUGGGUAUUAACAGCUGCACAUUGUAUGAAGACACUUGCCCUGGAGUCAACUUAUGUCAUGGGAGGAUUUUUAGCUGUGAAUAACAGAGACACUGCUCAAAUAAGAAGGAUUGGCAACAUAUUUGUUCAUGAAAACUUUGUGCCUAAUCUAUAUGAACAGGAUAUUGCUAUGCUGUGGGUGAAUGAACCUUUUACUUAUUCAUCUCUGGUUCUUCCUGUAUGCCUUCCUCCUCCUUCAACAUUAGCAGACUUAGUAGAAUAUAAGAACAGUUCAGCUACCUUGACGGGUUGGGGUAGGAAAUGGGACAAUGGACCCCUUUCUGAUCAGCUUUUAAAGGUAGAUCUACCAGUAAUAAGCAAUGAUGAAUGUAUGCGCUGGUAUGAUAACUCAGGAUCCAAACAGCUUAUACCAGAAUCUACUUUUCUUUGUGCAGGAUAUGAGAAUGGAACUAUGGACGCCUGUAGUGGAGACUCUGGUGGGCCUCUUGUUCAGUUCAGAGAAGAUCAAAGAGCAGAGGUGAUUGGAGUUGUAUCCUGGGGCAUAGGUUGUGGAGUAAAGGGAAGACCAGGAGUAUAUACAAGGGUUUCCAAGUUUGUGAAAUGGAUACAUCAGACCAUAGAGGAGAAUAAAGAUGAUUAUCCUCGCAGAAAAUAAAUGUUUUGUGCCGAAAGGUUGGUAAAAAUUUCGAUUUUGAUAAAGAUUGUUUCUAUUAAUUUGAAUUGGCUUACAGUGGGAGCCAUAAAAGGGUGGAACAUGAAGACACCCUAAGUUAUGAUUUUAUGUAUUUCAAUGAACACGAAAAGCAACAAGUACACUGGCCCUGUUUAGGUUAAAUUUUAAGCUUCUGGUAAAAAAUUCGCUUUAUAACAACAUCACAAACACAAAAUUACCAAAAAGUCGUCUUCCAUUCCACAGUUUUUAUGGUUCCUAUUGUACAGAAUCUUUUGGGUGGAUAUUAGUCUGGAAUUUGUAUAGCCUUGAAUUUUACAACGUACAUUUUAUUGAACAUUGACUGUAGGUUUUCCUCUGUGGGUCGGUUUACCUGCCAACUUAGUUUGUUUUCCUAGAAUUAAUCAAUUAAUCACUAAAAUGACAUCAACAUAUUUUGAAUAAGGUCAUGCGUGAAAAAUGUUGCUCUGAACGUGAAAACCCUCUUAAAUGACAAAAAACCUUUUUCUCAAAUAAUCUUAGAGGAUUGUAGGGUGAUGCAAAUCAUCUUGUUUG